AUGCAUUUCUUCCAAGUAGCCCUCUUCGCAUUUGGCUUAGCUGCCGUCGCGCUGCAAGCAUCUGGCAACCCGCAAGGAUCUGACCACAGCUACCAACUUUUCAAUAAACAGCGCACGAACAGAGGUCGACGCACCCAUGAUCAUAUUGGUACCGGCCGCGUAAUUUCACAGGAUUUGCUUAACAGAAUCACUUCGUUGAAAGGUUCAACAUCUACAACUACUACCACAAUUACUACAACAUCAACAUUUGUUCCAUCGAGUCCCACAACAGGAGUAGUUACUCUAUUCCCAACCACAUCAUCGUCAUCACCAACUACAACAUCACCUACAACACCGACCUCAAUAACAACAGUAACAACAAAUGCAUCGCGUUCAUACCCUUCAGAAGAAAGCCUUUACGACAGCGAAAUCGGUGAUGAUGAUGAAGAUGACGAUUUUAAUAUCGUUUUACGACUUGGUAACAAUUAUGAAAUCGUAAAUCCCGAAUCAAACGAUGAUGAUGCCGACGAACAGAGUGACGACGUCAACGACGUAGCAAUUGAAGAUGAACAAAACUUGCCGGAGGAAAAUGGACGCGCAUCAACUCGCACGCGUGCAACGACAAAUACGCGUCGUCGCCAGUCGCAACGACGUCGUGCGGCGCAACGUCAACGACGCCGUCGGCAACAGCUGAAUAGACGUCGUCGCCAGAAGCAGCGUCAACGCAUGCGCCGCCUGCAACAACANUGUACGUCGCCGCAAUGUUAG